AUGUCCUCCCCUCCCUUGCACGACAAGAUCGCUUUCUUCCAGCAGUUGGACGCACUUCAAAAUGUCGACGAUGAUGAAGAAGAGGAGCUUGAGCAUUCGACAAAGGAGAUGGAAUAUCGCAGCCAAAGCCGUGCUUUCUUCGCUGGGGUCAGAUCCAAAUCACGAACGUCACCAAGUCAACAGCAACCUCUAGCUGAGCGAGUCCCUGAGUCAGCUCCCCUGCCACAACAACGAAAUGCUAUCAUCAAGAGCACCCCGGUAGCCCGGGAGAAAACACCAUCCAUGCCAGUUCCAGGGUCCACAUUUGACUCUCCGCUGGUGAUCGAGGACACACCUGUCGCAGACUCGGAUAAGGUCUCCAAUCAUCCCCGCCGCAGCACAACACACCCCUUGCCAGCCACACUCAGCAAGCUUGUGCGGACAACGUCGAUGGACUCAUCUUCCUCAGUACCAACUGAGCGCAAGCGCAAGCGAAAGUCGAUCGACAAGUCCAUUCCAGAAUCUGAACAGAUUCUCAAAGGAUUGUCCUUCUAUUACAUCCCAAAUGAUGAUGUUGCGCCGACCAGGAAGCUGCGUAUCGCCAAGGCGAAAGACUACGGUGCGCAGUGGGUGAGGGAGCUACCCCAGGCGACGCAUGUCAUUGUCGACAAGGGUUUGGCAUGGAAGGAUAUCAAGUCACUGCUGUCGACCAUCAAGGACAAGGAAGAGCAGCCCAAGGUGGUAUGCGAAGAGUACCCGCUGGACUGCAUCCAGUACCGUCACAUCGUCAACGAGAAGCAACCGAAGUACCGUGUUCACGGUGCCCCAGCGCCACCUGCAGAGCUUCAGAUCGCGCCAAAGAAGCCUUCCGUCGACGCUCCUCCCAGUUCUGACGAGUCGCUGCAGAUCAAAGCUCGCCCGCAGAAUGACCCUGCCAAGUGGGAUUACGUGCCCCCGGCCGGAACACCUUCACAUUCAGACAGCUCCUCAGGACAGGCUCGUACUCGGGUUACCAGGUCCGUGACAAGCGGUUCUCAGCAAAGCACGACCCCUAGACAACCCCUCGCCGAGAUCGUGAUCCCAUCGUCUCAACUAGGAACCGACCAUAAUUCGCCUCCCAUGCCAUCAGAUUCGAGAGACAUAAUCCGGUCCAGUCACAUCCAAACUUCAGGCCCUCAUGACGAACUCUCAGAAUACAUCCAGCUGAUGCAACAGUAUAAGGACGUUCCACUGGAUGAGGAUGAGGGGGAGGCAUCGUCACCCAAGGGAAGCGAUGCUGGAGACUCGGACUUGGAGGCAGGAUCUGAGGACGAGAACCGGCGGAAGAGACGUUCGCUCGACAAGUCAGCACCUCGGCAACAGAAGUCCAUUCGCUGGGAGGAAAAAUUCGCUUGCAAUCGUGGAGGCACGCUGGACAAGAGCGCAGACAAGCAGAACCCCAACUCUAGGACGAUAGAGGUGCUGCAGAAGAUGCUGGACUACUACACUCGCAUCAACGACCAUUGGCGCACCUAUGCGUACCGGAAGGGCAUCUCUGCCCUCCGCCAGCAGACCGAGAAGAUCACGACGGCCCAGGAAGCAUACCAGAUCCCAGGCAUUGGCGACCGCUUGGCCCAGAAAAUCGAGGAAAUCGUCACGACAAACCGCCUGAAGCGGCUCGAAUACGCCGAAAAAGAGCCGAUGGACCAGGUCCUCGAGGUGUUUAUCAAGAUCUACGGAGUUGGAAACACCCAGGCCACUAAAUGGAUUGCACAGGGCUUCACCACCCUCGACGACCUCCUACAGAAUGCCAAGCUGACCGCCAAUCAACGCAUGGGCAUCGAGCACUACGAUGACCUCAACACACGCAUCCCCCGUAGGGAGGUGGAGGCGAUUGGUGAGCACGUCAUCUCGACGGCGUCGAAGAUCGAUCCAGCGGUGGAGCUGCUCAUCGGUGGGAGCUAUCGUCGAGGUGCAGAGUCCUCGGGAGAUGUGGACUUCAUCAUCACGAAGAAGGGCACCACGUCGGCAGGCGACUUGGCACCAUUUCUCGAACAGCUCGUGUCUACCCUGAAGCAGGAGGGAUUUCUGACUGCCGAGGUCGCCUCUUUCCACUCACAUCGCCCUGGAAAAGAAGGAUCUGGGAGCAAAUGGCAUGGAUGCUGCGUGCUGCCUCCUGGCAAGAAGGGCAAGAUGGGUGGCAUCUGGCGCCGCAUCGACCUGCUGCUGGUUCCCGAGACCGAGUACGGGGCCGCACUCAUCUACUUUACCGGCAACGACAUCUUCAACAGGAGUAUGCGGCUGCUCGCGUCGAGGAAGAAGAUGCGCCUGAACCAGAGAGGCCUGUACAAGGAGGUCAUGCGCGGCCCGGGAAGGGUCAAGGUGACGGAGGGAGAGCUGUUGGAGGGACGGGACGAGAAGAGGAUCUUUGAGUUGCUUGGAGUCAAGUGGAGGGAGCCUUGGGAGCGCUGGUGUUGA